CUUCUCCUCCGCUCCUCCUCUCCCCCGACCCCGAGCGAUUCCCUUCGCCCGCCGAAUCCCCACCCGAUUCCAAGCCCUAAACCUCCCGAAAUCGGUCGAGGCGGUGCUAGAUCCGGCGGCUACAUCUCCGGAUUCGAGCGCGGCCGUGCUGCGGGUGCCCCGGAUCCCGGACGAAUCGCGGCGCGCCUGGGUUUUCUAGGGUUUCCCCCCCGUCCGCGCGUUCCCGGCGGGUCCAUGAAGGCCAUGGGGUACAAUCCCUACGAUACGAGUGGGACUGAUGAUGAUCUCCCUCCAACACAAAAUAGAGGAUUAAGAGGGCGAUCUUUUAGUGCGAAUGGCAGGUCAUCUGUUAUGCCGUUUUCUUACAUCAGACCGCAUAGUGAUUUGGAGAGUGAAAUACAUCGGGUUGAACAGGAUGCGUACACUGGUGUUCUGAGAGCGUUUAAAGUGCAAUCUGAUGCAAUAUCCUGGGAAAAAGAAAGUUUGAUCACCGAACUCAGGAAAGAAUUGAGAGUCUCUGAUGAGGAACACAGAGAGCUAUUAAACAAGGUUAAUGAAGACAUGUCCAUCCGUAGAAUGAGAGAGUUGAGACAGGGAGGUGGAUCCCUGAGUGCACAGCAUCGUGGCAGCAGAGUUCUUCAUGAUACAGAACCUGGGCCAGCUGCAAAGAGGCAAAGGACACCCCUUUCAAUUCCUUCACAUUCUGCAGGCCUCCAGACCCCUGCGAUGCCUUCUCCCUCAGUUCCUUCAUCUGUAAAGUGGGGACCAUUGUCAGGAACAAAGGGCAAGAAGACUAGGACGACUACACCACUCGCACUGCCAUCUGCUGAUCCAACUUCACUGAUCAACCGAAAAAUUUAUACAAGAUGGCCAGAUGACAACAACUUCUAUGAGGCUACUAUAACCGAUUAUAAUCCUGUUACGGGUAAACAUGCUCUCGUCUAUGACAUGGGCACAGUAGCCCAGACUUGGGAGUCAAUCAGACUUAGUGAUUUGCCACCUGAAGAUAUAAUAUGGGACCUUGAUGAUCAAGGCAUCUCAAAUCGAGAUGGUUGGGGUCCUCAUCCUGGGAUGAGGAGGCACCCAGGCAAUGGUACAGUGCCAAUGGUGGGUAGGGGAGGAAGGUUUUCUCGAAAUGAGCCUACGAAGGAUUACGCUCCUCCCCAAAAUGGCAUUAACAGGAAUAUUGGUCACCUUGAUGUCCCUAACACUGCAAGUGUUGUCCUAGAGGUAGAGAGGGUAUUGUCCAACCCGAAUAUGGGUGAGAUUGAAAAGGCCAGGAAACUUUUGCAAGACCAGGAGCAGUCAUUACUCGAUGCUAUAGCGAGACUUGAUGACGAUGCAUCAGAUAGUGAUAAUGAAAGCGGGCAACUUAAAACUUGGAAUUCUGCCCUUACUUUGUGAAACUUUGGGUGUGACCUGAAGACAUGCCCAUCGGGGCCCAAAUGGUUUCUGCGGGUGAUCACAUGGUUAGGAACGGCGUUGCUUCUUAGUUGUUACUGUCAAGGUGUGCUGGAUUUUGAAGAUUGUGUUUGGGAAGCGCCUGUGUUGAUCACCGGUCAAAAGAAACCAUGCAUGGGACACUGGCAUGCCAAAAGUCGCUGUACUGAACAUGUCCCUGAGAAGGGCUUCUUAGGCUGCGAAAAGUUCAGGUCAUAAGGCUCAGCACGCCUUUUCUGUCAAUGAUAAUGGUGGCUGUAUUUGCCCUCUAACAGACUAGGAGGAAUUCUAAUCAUCUAGAAAUGAUUGUUAACCUAAGUCAGCUUAUAGAACUGAAAACUGUUAAACCCUUUGUCACCAUCUGCUGUACUCUCGAAGCUGUCUAUCAUGUAAUGUCUGACGCGGAGCCAGAAGUGUAUAGAACUGUGUGUUUUGCACGUUUAGUGCGUAGCCACAAACAAGUGUAUCGAACGAACUUGAUUGUGUCCCAGCAAGUGUUUUGAUCAAUG